AUCAUCAAUUCAUUACCAUCUUCAAAUGGCUCAAGUCACACCCAAUCCCCAUGAGGAUGACGUUGAUUCCACCCACAGUUCGAAUUCUGCCGCCAGUGACGACGAUGUCGAUCCCUCGGUUGAAGGACUAACUGUCUUGGAUGAUAUUUCCACCGAAUCUCUGCCGCAAGAGCAAGACACAGGAUCCGAGAGUGAUGAAGACACCAACAAUAAUGAAUCUCAAGUUAUACAUGAGGUGAUGAGAAGUCCCAAUGAUGCUUUGGAUGAGAUAAAGAAGCAAGAGACUCAUAAUCUCUACUGUCCUAAAUGUAAAAGUAACAUCACCACAGAUGCUGUACUCUUUGUAAAGAAUCAAGAAACCGAUUCGUACAAAACAGAGCCGUACGUACUUUGGGUUCCCCUCGUUAUCCCGGCCUUCAAGUUCCCUACCUUUGAUCUCUCGUUGUCUUUUCUCGCAGGACCAUGGAAGAAACUAAAGACACUUGUCGCAAACUGUUUGCCAAGGCUCAGUCUCAAUUCUCUAUGUCUGCGGUUCCUAUUGGUUGCGGUUCUACUAUUGCUAUCAGUCAUUGUUCUGUGGUCCUCUCAUCCCCCUUCGCCACCGCCACCGCCUCCUUCUCCUCCGCCAGUGCCAGUGCCGCCUUCUCCUUUGCCACCCCCAGGACCGCCUUCUCCUUUGCCACCGCCAGGACCACCUUCUCCUUCGCCAUCGCCAGAGCCUCCUUCUCCUUCCCCACAGCCAGAUGAAAACAUUCGCUGGCUCAUACAUUUCCCGAGUAUCAAGUACCUUUCCGUAUUCUCGUUAUUGUUCCUUGCCAUUCUGACUCUCCCCUGGCCUUCCAUUUCCCCUAUCAUCAAUAACCUUAUAGCAACGAUUAAAACAUGGAGCAAAAGAGAUACUCCACAACCUAAUGAUAUUUCUAGAACCCCUCAACCCCAUGUUGAAAUUAGAGAUCAAGCUCUAGAUUCGCCUCUCAACCAAGAGAAUAGUCCCGUUGUGGAUCCGCCUCGGGCACCUGAUGUUAUUGAAAAACCAAUCGACUCCCCUAUUCCAGUGCCACCUCCAAAGGUUCCUGAUGAACCAAUCGGCAUUCGUAUUUCAGUGCCAAAUCCAAAGGAAUUGUGGAAAUAUAUCGUGGUUCUAGUUCAAAACCUCGUACCAAGAGAACUAGACAUCUUGAAGAGUAUUGUUUACGGAGGUCUUAUCGAGUCCAUCACAAGCCUCGGUGUCGUUUCCUCUGCCGUCGCUUCCGGAGCUUCAACUCUCAACGUUAUCUCUUUGGGGCUAGCCAGUUUAUCCAGUGGCCUUUUUAUCAUCGUUCACAACCUACAUGGACUAAUAUCGAAUAAACCACGGUCUCAAAGUAAUAACAGUGAUCAUAUGGCGAGUGUGGAAGUAGAAGAUCCAUACCAAACACUGCUGGGAAACAGAAGGAAGUUCAAGCUCCACUGCGUCGUUGUUGUACUUUCCUUCUUCUUCUUCGGUGCUAUCCCUCCUAUCUGCUACGCCUUCUCUUUCAAGAUAAGCGACAAGGGACACUACAAAGCUGCGGUUGUUCUCGCUGCAUCUCUAGUCUGCGUGAUCUUACUCUCCUUUGCCAAAGCUUACGCCUUCCGAAUGGAAAGAAUCAAGACAGUGGCUGAAUACACUGGAAUGGCGAUUGGAGCGUCUGCGCUUUCAUUCAUCGCCAGCCAAAUCGCCAGUGAUAUCUUUGAAAAGUUAGGCUUUCAUGAGCUUGCCUCUGAAUACCGAAAAGGUUGAUUUCAAGAUUCUACAAGUUCGUUUCAGAUAAACACCAAAGCUACCAAAAGAGUUGUUCUUUAGCUGCUUACUUUCUUUAGAUUCAUUUAACAGGUUCUCCUUUUGUACACGAACUUGUUUUGUUUAUACGUAAGCAAAACAGUUCGAUUUUUUAAUCAAGAUUUAUCAGUUUG